AUGCGUUACUUUGUGGUUUUGUCACUCUUUUGUCUCAUUCUUGUCACCAUUAAGGCAAAUUCAUAUUUGGAUAGUGAUUUAUUGAACGACGAUGAGUUAAAUUACCCCGCACCUGACAACUACUUGGACGACCUGCAGGCGCCUGCAGAAAACUCAAAUUCGAUAACUUUGUACGGUCUUCCCUCAUUACUGUUUUUAGGCGUGCUUGCAUCAGACGGUCAGGAAACUGCGAUCAUCGGCCAAACGGAUGUUGCUACAACUCAUCAUGUCGCUGCAAUCUCUGGGGCUCCAACUGUCGAUGUCAGCGAAUGGGAUUGUUCCAAAAAUGGGGAAAAUAAACUCAACUUGUUGAUUGUCCCCGUCAUGAUUCCAUUCGAGUGGAAGAUUUUAAACGUUUUGUUGAACUUUAUUCAUUUCCCACUUCAAUCAUCAACGACUUGA